UCCAUCCACCAUCAUCCAUCACCCGACCCCCCCUCCUCCUCGACCCACCAUGGCCGUGCAAGCGCAAUUCGGCGGCCUCCUGCUCCCCCCACCCUUCGCGGCCGAGGAGGAGCAGCAGAUGCUGGCGCUCAAGGACUACGGCGCGCUCCUCUCCGCCGCCGCGGCGACGCCCGGUGUCGCCGGUGGCUACGCGUGGCAGCACUACGACUACUGCGCCGCGCAGAGCGAGCUCACGUGCAACGGCGGUGGCGGGGCGGCGCUGUCCGUGCCCGUGCCCUCGCGCAAGCGCGGCAGGGAGGAGGACGAGGGCGACGACCUCCUUCACUACGCGCCGUUCCUGCCUCUCCCGGUGACGCGGCGGCCGCACUCCGCCACGCCGCCGGCGGCGGCUGCGGCGUCGACGAGCGGCCGGGAAGAAGAGAUGUCGGCGGAGCACGCGCUGUGGCGGCGGCUGCAGCACGGCGCGGAGGUGGACGCGCUGGUGCGCGCCGAGUGCGACCGCCUGCGCGCGGGGCUGGAGCUGGCGCGGAGACGGCAGCGCCAGGCGCUGGUCCGCGCCGCGGCCGUGUCCGUCUCGGCGAUGGCCGGGCGGGUGCGUGACGCCGAGGCGCAGCUGGAGGCCGCCCGGCGCCGCGCCGCGGAGCUCGAGGAGGGGGUCCGGCUUGCGGCCGCCGAGGCGCAGGCGUGGCGCGGCGUCGCGCGGGGCAACGAGGCCGUCGCCGCGGGGCUCCAAGCCACGCUCGACGCGCUCCUCCUCCGUUCCUCCUCGGCCGAGGGAUUCGGCGACUCCGACCCCGACGACGCGCAGUCGUGCUGCUGCUUCUACGUCGAGGAGGCGCCGGACACCGCCGCCGCCGCCACGGCCUCGUCGUCCUCGACUUGGAGCGGCAAGUGGGCGUGCAAGGCGUGCGGCGUGGGGGAGGCGUCGGUGCUGCUGCUGCCGUGCCGGCACCUGUGCCUGUGCAAGGCGUGCGAGCGGCGGACGGACGCGUGCCCCGUCUGCUCCGGCGACAAGAACGCGGCCAUCCACAUCGCGCCGCCCAUCUGAUCCGCCGGCCAUCGUGCACCUGUGACCUGCCUCUGCAUGGCGCGUCAAUUGGAUUUGGCCUGGCCACGUAGGGUUCGUGAACAAAUUUUGGAUGAGUAGGGAGUAAUUAGUAUUCAGUUAGUAUUAGAUUAGAUAGAUUUGAAUCCUGUUGGUUUGUUUGAUGGACGACGAUUGAAUGAAAAUUGAGAAACAAGUCAGAGUUGUCAAGUUAACGAGGCAUGCAUGCUAUUGCUUGCUCUGUUUUUU